CGUCACGCCAUAAUCACUUGGCUUUUGGGCGCCAUCAGCAUUGCUGAUUCAGCAGUCAAGGCCACACCACAGUACAUGCAACAAUUCAUGUAGCACGUUCUCAUUUACCACUUUCCGACUUGCGGGACAACGCGGAUCCCUUGCUGACCAACAAUUAUGGCGUCUCAACUCGAGGCUCUCACACUACCUCCGUGUCCAGCUCUGGACACAUUCGACGGUGACUUUGUUCUGUCCGAAUUCCUACUCGAGAUGGAAGAAUUAGAUCGAGCACAAGCCUCGCCGUCCCAAUCUAUCGCCAAUUCCAAGAGAAGACGAGAACCUGAAAUCAACAUGGAGCCUGAGGCGAAGAAGAUCAAACACACCAAGUCGGAAAUUUCAACCAAUCCGCUUCCGAGGAAAAGAAGAAAUUCGUCGUGGCUUCGACGAAAACAAGAACUACUCGCACUACGCAACGAAUCGGAGACGCUGGAAACUACAUUGGCUCUACUUGAGGCACAGCAAGCUGAAUCUGUUCUAGAACCACAGUCGAAGAGUUUGACUGAAAAUCAAGAGCUGUGGAAGUCCGUGGCAGCGAUCGCGCGACAGGAAUGUCGGAAUUCCCAGGAGGAGAAUGCUCGUCUAAAGAGCAAGCUCCAGACGUGCACAUACGCUUUAAAAAUGCUGCAAACUCAAGUGAUCCAAGCCCAUUCGCGGCAACAGGAACAGCAGUAUAGUAAGACUGCGUUCGAGAAUGCUGUGCGAGUCGGGAUCAUCAUGAGUCGACGUCUGUACUCGGAUGACAGUGGGAUCUUCGACAUGCUCGAAAGCAAACUUGAGGCUCGACUCUUCGAGCUCGACGUGAUUGCCAGGACCGCUCAUCAGCCACUACUCCAAGGUGCUUCUGAGCGUGUUCAAGUGUGUCGAGAAGACGGCAGAGACGCUGCCGCCGCGGUGGAAUUCAAACACACUCGUCUACUACCAUUCGGACAUGACACGACUGCGAAGACUAUUUGGGAGAUCAUCGAACUGGGCGGACUAAUCACCGACCGACACUUUCGCGUUGCUAGACGUUCGAACGAUAUGGUCGGAAUGGCGUCACGGUUCACGAUUCCCCUCGAUAGAGGCAAUUGCAACACAGUAAACGUGGAUGUCCACGCUGUAGCCAAGCGCUUUGCUGGACCCGUUGGGAUGGUAGUUUUGGUAGAGUCGCGCUCCGAAUGGUCCAUGAAUCAUCCUAAUGCGUCCGGGUGGAAGCAGGUUACCGAAGAGGCUGGUUGGGUGGCUGUGAACGAACACCCUCAGCAGUCUGAAGGAGCCAUGCAACAUGCCUGCCAGUUGCAAACUUCGAUGAAGCUGCGACCGGAUGCUUCUGACGUUGGUGGAUGCGGUAGUACUCGUCCAACAUUUACUGGCCAUAUCGGAGAUGUUGUGAUCCCGUCGUUCCGCGAGAUCCUGAGCUCACACCAUCAAUCUGUAGAGAACUUCUUGCUGGACUCGUCAAGGGCAAUUAAAGCAUGAACAAGCAAUUGAUUACUAGUAUGAGGCGGAUGCAACAAAGUACUAAGCAUUAAUUAUGAAUGACUCCAAUAAGUAAAGGUUAACCUGAUACGUGUGCCAAAGCGCUGAGUUCAGG